CAUCAGUCCAAAUUAUAAGUAUAUGGCCUAUCUAUUUCCCUCGCCUUGUCUUGUUAUCUUUGUCAGAUCUGCUUCCAUGUUUUUUCCUCAGUUCUCACAUUCUUCUCACAGUUCAUGCUUUAUGGAGAACGCUCGAGGGUUCAUCAGCUCAUCUGCCAGGAAAUUAUCCUUCUGCAGCCCAGCAAGCUGCCUAUGAAUUUUCCUCUUGGUCAACCCUCCUAUCGAAACGCCCUCCAAACAAAACAAUCUUGGAAUAUGAACUGAACCUAUUGUUAAUUAGCAAGACUUGCCCGCAUGAAAUCAUCACCAUCAUCGGCCUCAUCAUCUUCAUCUUCAUAUGAUUCCCUGUACUUCUCGGCCACACCUAGCCCUAGUACCAGAGAAUACACUCAUGGAGAAGAAGGCGCUACCCUCAUGGAACCACCAUCACCUCCACCAGCACCGUCGUCAUCUUCAUCAUCUUUUUUCCCAGCCCUCCUCCCUCGACCCUAGCUCUAGUACCAGAUCAGAAAAAACUCAUGACGGCGGGUUCAUUAUCUCCAGAGAAGAAGACAUCCGGAUGAUGAAACCGUCGUCGUCGUCGUCGUCGUCAGCAUCGGCAUCAUCUUGUUCAUGUUCAUCUUCCCAGCCUUCCUCCUCCAACCCUAGCCCUAGCAUUGGAGAAAAUACUCACGACGUGUUCAUCAGCUUCAGAGGAGAAGACACCCGCCACGGUUUCGUCAGCCAUCUCCAUUCCGCUUUGAGAAGGAACGAUGUCAGAACCUACAUGGACUGCGAUUUGGAGAGAGGGAACGAAAUAUCUUCCACGCUGUUAAGAGCAAUAGAGCAAUCCAAGAUCUCACUCGUCGUCUUCUCCAAGAACUAUGCCUCCUCAAGGUGGACUCUGGAUGAACUGGUGAAGAUAAUGAAGUGCAGGAAAACAUGGGGACAACUCGUGCUCCCCAUUUCUACAGAAUCACUCCUUCAGAGGUACGAAAGACAAGGAGUUUCUCAAUGUUUUUAAUAAACACAAGAACCUGUUUAAGUCAAACAUGAACGAGGCAGCGCAACAGUGGACGAACGCCAUGAAAGAAGCAGCCGAUCUGGCGGUUGGGGAAAGCUCCACUUAUAGAACGGAAUCGGAGCUUGUGGAGGUUAUAGCUAUUGAGGUGAUGAGAAAACUAGAAUCUAUGAGGCAGGGAAGUGAAGGAGGGGCCCCAAAUUUCAACCGAACCAGAAGCGGCCGGCCUUCGUGGCAGAAUUGCUCACCCGACGAGCCUAAUUCCGGCGGCCUACAUGAUGAUGAGCAUACGCCUCAAGAUUCUUCUCCACCAAAUGCCUAUCACAUGGGUAAGUUCAUUUUCUUAUUUUAUUUUUUUUAG